AUGAUCAAGAAUCCAGAAAGUAGAAUGUGUCACAGAGCACAAGUACGAGAUCAACCCAAAUUUUCGAGACCAGAUAGCCUAGAUUUUCGAGGCACUGGGUCAUCAUUCGUGAAGGAGGCCGAGGAUGUUCGCUUCCGUUUUCCUGAAGACUGCGUGGAAUGCAUCAUGCAAAUGAGCGGUCCCACCUUAUCGACGACGGAUCGCGCACGACAUGUCAUCCGUGUUCGUGCUGAAGACAACGAUUCAACCGUAAGAGACAAAGACGGGAACGCCGAGGUAGACGAAGACGGAGUCAAAGAUGCAAAGGCAGACAGCGAUAAGGACGAAGCAAGCGAGGUCGACGACGAAAGAGAUGAUAGCGCCGAACAGACUGAGCUAGACGAAGAAGCCGACGACAAGGACCAAGAUGAGGAUAGAGAGGCGUUUUGUGGGCCUUCGAAGCUUGCUGAAGAAUAG